UAAAAAUCUAUACACUAUUGGUGAUGAUCAUGAAAAAAGAAAGUUGUUACUCGUGUCUAAUUAUGCACAACACCAUUUUAAAUUAUUUACAUUAAUGCAUUUACAUGUAAUCAGUAAGUUAACUAAGAGUAUAAACUUAUAUUUGGUUUUUAAUUUAAGGACAAAUGUGAGGAAAGGAAAGGAAAAUAUGGACAAUACUGUAUAAUAUACUCUUAAUUGAGUUCCAAAAAAAAAAAAAAAGUAAAAAGUGGCUUGCUAACCACAACCCAUGAAGAGUUUCAUGGAGUCAUUUCCAGUAUGUCUGUUUUGUUCAGGGCUGGACUUGCCAGUAAAACAUUCUUUCAUGUCUGUUCUUGAACCUUGUGGGCACAGAGGGUAAAUCACUGAUUUACGUAACCAUUAACUGAUGUUCCCAGUAAAUAACAUUAUAUACAGGUCCUGAUUGAGUUUCAUUUCCAGCCCUGUGGCUCACAUCAGAAGUGUAUAACAAAAAUUUGUCUUUUAUCAGACUCUAGUCUGACUGCUAUGUGCAGAAAAUAAGUAUUUAUAGAAAGUGUGUUUGGGAUCAAAGCUCUUCCUUCUGCUAAACCUGCCUGGAAAAAUUCAUUUUCAUAGUCAGAGAGUAAAAGUGCUGUGCUUGCAGCAACAGGCUCACGCUCUAGACCAAGGAAUAUCUUUUUGCACGGGGCUGUGUUUUUGGAGAAAAGCUCAAGCUGUAGACCUACAGGUAUUUUGCUUCAGACUAGGAUAUCAUCUUUAACUGACCAUUCAGAAUGAUACGAAGGCCACCUCUGAAGAAAUUAAGAGAUGAAAAUGAAGAGAUUGUAGGAUUACCUGUAGUACCUGAAAAUAUCAAGAAUCCACCUCCAGCACAUGUCGUUCAGAAGAAGCUACCCUGCCCUAAAGGUGACCCUGUAGUAGAAGUCAGGAUGGCUUUGGCUAUCCCUAAUGAACUUGACCGCUGGAUCAGGCAGCGAGGCCGAGACUUACGCCUGCGCCUGGCUGAACGACAGCCUGCUGUGAAACUGGUCAAUAAUCUGAGAAGGGAUUUAGUGAAGUUCCUGAAGGAAAAUGAUGACCAACCUUUUUUCAGGGAUAUUUCUGUUCUCAAUAGUGGAAGCUACUAUGAAUCUGUGAAGAUUAAUAAACCCAAUGAGUUUGACAUCAUGCUGAAAAUUAAAACACCCCGAAUUGUGUGGAACAAGCUAGAGAAACAUAAUGGACUUUUCUAUUCAAUUUCCCUCUGCCGACCUUCACGUGGUGAGAUACGGGCAUUCCUCUUAGAAGAUGGACUCACUAUCUCAUCCUCCAAAAUAAUGAAUGAAAUGCACCAUUUGGUUCAUAAAUUCAUUAAAACGCAUAAAGUGCCUGAUGGUGAAGGUCAUUGGGCCGUCUGCAGGAAAAAGGUAAAUUCUCCAGCUGUGACCUUGGUAUUUCUGGAGAAAAAUGAGGGGGCAGAAUUACUGUCUGUGGAUAUUGUUCCCACCCUUGAGGUGCCACAAGGCUGGCCAGAAGCUGCACGAGCCGGCCCGGGUGUGGACAACUGGCUUGGGAAGAACGUUCGGCGUAAAAUUGUUGGACAGCCUGUUUACUUUGUCCCAAAGAGACCCAAAACACGAAACCUCUCUGUUACUGAAAAAGAGAGCUGGAGAAUAUCCUUCUCUCAUAUUGAAAAAGAGAUAAUCAGGUUCCAUGGCAACAAGAAGACAUGCUGUGAGAGUAAACAAAAUGAAUGCUGCCGAAAACUGUGUUUGCGGCUCCUGAAAUGCCUGUUUGAGGGACUGAAGCAGACCUACCCCAAAGAGCUUGAGCCUCUGUGCUCCUACCAUGGGAAAACUGCCUUCUUUUACAACCUCUGUGAGAGAUUUGAAGACUCACUGUGGACCCCUGGCCAGCUCUCAGUCUGCUUUUUGAAACUUCUGUGGCAGUUUGAGCAUGCUGUAAAUGCUGGCACGCUUCCCCACUUCUUUGUUCCAGACCACAAUCUGUUUUCUCCAUCCAGUUUCCCCAAGCGUUCUCUUCUGUUUCUGGGCAAUGCUUUGCGUGAACAGAGGGAGUCAGGGCUUCCUCUUUUGCAGGUCCCAGAUCCUGUCCCAGCACUUUGCUACAGUCCUGCCCUUCAACUGCAACCUCAGCAAAUUACCCCAGAACCAAUCACAUUCAUCUCUCAAAUGUGUGACACUGUGGCAUGUGGAAACAUCUAUCCUAUUAUGCUGACUGUGGCUUGUGCUGUUAUAUUUUGGGCCAUUGUCUAUGUACUUUAUAUGAAAAUUUGACAGCUAUAUUUACUGUAGAUGACAUCCCAAUACUGUGUUUAAUAUAUGUCAAAUAAGAAUUUUAAAAUGGAGAAAACAACUUAAAAAGAACACAUUUACUAUGCAUGGGUUAUGUUUUAAUGAACAUAAUCUUUCCAGUCAUAUGCAUUCAAGUGUUUUUGAAAUUGAAUUUUCAUGUUAGGGCAGCACAGUGGAGCAGUGUGUAGUGCUGUCACUUCACAGCUCCGGGGUUCCUGAUUCGAUCCUGAGCUGUGUGGAAUUUCUGUACGUGCUAUCCCUGUGUCCGUGGGGAUUUGCUCCCCAUCCCAGGGUUCUCAGGAUAGGUUCCCUGUGUCCCUGACCAGAAUAAAGCGGUUACUGAAAAUUAAUUAUUUUUAUUUUGAUGUUAAUAAUCUGAAAAUGAGAAAUUGUUCAUCUAUCAAUAUCAGUUCUAUUUCAUUUUCAUUUUAUAUGAAAUUAUGCAUUCUGAGUAAAUUCUUCUAAAAAACUUUUUGUUUUACAUUUACUAUAAAACUACAUGUACUAUUAAUGUAGUAAUAUUUUAUAAUAUCAUGGUCACCAUACAUGUAAACUUCAAUACUGGUGAGAGGAAUAACUGCAGAAUAAAAAUAAAACCACCCGUCUUUCUUCUUUUUUGUAAAAUAUUUGCUACCAAUGGACCCCUAACCUUUGCUAUCUUUGGUUGAUUAAAAA